CUCCCAUCGAGGCUUUUGGAGUUCCGAGGAUAUAAAGGCCCGCUGUCGUGGCCUGGCCCAGCUUCUCUCUCUUCUCUAUCACCAUCCCCUCUACUUCAAUCUCUUCCCCAUACUCUGUUCCCCGUGAACUCACCUCCACCGUCACCAUGGCUCCCAAGGUUGCGAUUGUCUACUACUCCAUGUACGGCCACAUCCAGAAGCUGGCCGAGGCUGAGAAGAAGGGUGUUGAGGCUGCCGGCGGCAGUGCCGACAUCUACCAGAUCGCCGAGACCCUGUCCGAGGAGAUUCUGGCCAAGAUGCACGCUCCUCCCAAGUCCAGCUACCCCAUCGCCGAGCCCAAUACCCUCCUGGAGUACGACGCCGUCCUCUUCGGUAUCCCUACUCGCUACGGUAACUUCCCCGCCCAGUGGAAGACCUUCUGGGACAAGACCGGCCAGAUCUGGGCCAGCGGUGGUUACUGGGGCAAGUACGCCGGUCUGUUCGUCUCCACCGGUACCCAGGGUGGUGGCCAGGAGUCCACGGCUCUGGCUUCCAUGAGCACCCUUGCCCACCACGGUUUCAUCUACGUUCCCCUCGGCUACAAGACCGUCUUCGGCCAGCUCGCCAACCUCAACGAGGUCCACGGUGGCAGCGCCUGGGGUGCUGGUACCUUUGCUGGUGCCGACGGAUCCCGCCAGCCCACCGCUCUUGAGCUGGAGGUCGCCGAGGCCCAGGGCAAGGCGUUCUACGAGCACCUUGCCAAGGUCAACUUCGCUUGACUACAUGGUAGCGGGCAAGCCGAGUCGGAAUCGCAGCCAGCGGCGGCGGCUGCUGCUGCUGCUGCUGCGACACAGCAACAGAAAACCGAAACUCCGAGCCCCACGCCCGCGCCAGCACAUGACGGACAGAGUGCGCAGAAGGCGGAUGCUGCGAAGAAGAGCAACGAGGGACCGUGUGGCCUGCCUAAGAAGUGUGUCAUUCAGUAACUGGAGUGCUCGAGAUACCCCGCAGUGAUUCGUUCUUUGUUUGCUUUGACCGAUUGGGUUGCGAUUGGCGUUUGUGUUCCGGAGGUUGAUUUUCAUGUUCAACGAUACAUAUGGGAAUGAUAUAAUCAUAGAUGGAUAGUGGAUAGGAUUAAUGCUAGGCAGAAUAACAAGAAGACUAGCUAUUAUAAUGCAAAUGAUGUGCAGAAGG